UUUUUUCUCACCGCAGCUGCACGCGAGCCGGAGGAGGAGUCUCGUGCAGCAGGAACAUGGCGAAGUGAUAGAAACAAACAGGAGCUGAGAGAGAAAAACACGUCUACAGGUGUGCUGCAGGUGAGGGACCGGCACCAUGGGUAACGCCAGCAGUGAGAGAAGUGCCCCAGAGAAGACCCCCCGGAGGGAGAGCCGCGGAGCCAAGGAUGGAGCACGACCCAAAAUAUUAAUGGACAGCACUGAAGACUCCGACAUCUUUCAGGCAGAUGAUGCCAAGGAGUUUCUGGCGUGGCAGCGUGAACUGGAGAACGACCCUAAAGCCCCCCCAGAGGAGAGACCCACUGUUUUUCGGUGGACUGGCCCUGGCAAGGACGUUUAUGUGUCUGGAUCAUUCAACAAUUGGGCCAACAAAAUCCCCCUAUCCAAGAGUCACAAUAACUUUGUGGCGAUCGUUGACCUGCCGGAGGGAGAGCACCAGUAUAAGUUCUAUGUGGACGGACACUGGAUUCUGGAUCCUAAGCAGCCUGCGGUAACCAGCAAGUCUGGUACAGUGAACAACGUCAUCCAGGUGAAGAAGACGGACUUUGAGGUGUUUGACGCCCUGAAGACGGACUCAGAGAAGUGUGCCGACAUGUCAGACUUGUCUGGUUCUCCUCCUGGACCGUACCAUCAGGAUCCGUACUGCACUAAAUCUGAGGAUCGACUACGUUCCCCCCCGAUUCUCCCACCCCAUCUGCUGCAGGUUCUGCUCAACAAAGACACCGGAGUCUCUACUCGAUGCAGUGGAAUGAUGACCUUCAGGCUGACGUAUGACCUUUUUUGUGUGUCUGUUCUGAUGUACAGUGUGAUCCAACUCUGCUCCCUGAACCCAACCAUGUGAUGCUGAACCACCUGUAUGCUCUCUCCAUCAAGGAUGGUGUGAUGGUUCUUAGCGCCACUCAUCGCUACAAAAAGAAAUACGUGACUACACUGCUGUAUAAACCCAUAUGAUCAGAAACUAUAAGCUGAGAAAAGCUCAUGUGGACUUUAUCAACACUAUUUAAACAAAAAAAAAGAGUAUUAUAAGAUUAUGAGACCAAAAAAGCACCGAAAGCUCAUGUGCUGAUUGGAUAUCAUUGCUGUCCUAUCAAAACCUUGCAAACGCCAGCUGCCCUUUACAUUGUUUAAAUAUUUUUUUUUAUGACAAAUGGACCCACAGAAUUACAUUUAUUUGAAUUAACUUAGUUAACCUGCUAAAAUCUCAGGCUUUUUAAAUACUAAGGCUUUCUAUUCAGUAACUACAGGGCAAACUGACUGACCUAUUCUUAGAUUAUAUCAGUGUGUAAUGAAACUUUGGACCUGCUGGUCGGUCCUGGACAUUUAAGAGGUUAAAUAAAAAGUGUUUUUCUCCUUUUCCUAUAAAAUGACCAAGAGUUUGUUAAGACAGCGAUGAUUAUCUGUUUGGGUGCUCACAUUUCACACAUAAGCUGCUGUCGGAAGAAAACCUUGUAUCUCCAUUUUUGACGUUUUUCAGUUUUUGACAUAAUUUGACAAUGCCUGUGUGCCUUUACAUUAUAUGUAAAUUUCAUGAUGAAUGGACCAAAAGAAAUGACGUAAAAUGACUUGGAAAAAAGUCUGGUUCCAUUGACUUACAUUGAAAGUAAAGUAUGUUUUUUCCUUCUCCUGUAAAGUUUGGAGAUACGAGGUUUUCUUCCGACAGCAGCAAUAUAAGCUGAUAUUUGCAGGGGUCCAAGAAACUAUUACUUGAUUUUAUAUAUAGUUACUACAACAUGCCUGUAAAAUUUGACUUGUUAUAGCAUUUAAACCCAUAGAUAUUUUUAAACUUGUGCUUUUUGAUAUCUAUGAUGUCCAUGAUGUUAUUCUGUAUUAUCAACGUUGUCCAAAUUAAGUGGUUAAUAAAUGAAAAUAAAGUUAUGAUAAUAAC